AGACCAAUAAGAAGAAGAAGACCACUAAGAAGAAGACUACCAAGAAGACUACCAAGAAGACCACCAAGAAGAAGACUAUCAAGAAGACCACUAAAAAGCAUUCUUCCUCUUCAGGAUCAGGUCAAGUCCAUAGUGGCGAUGGUACCUACUAUACUCCUGGACUUGGUUCCUGUGGUAUCGAAAGCACUGAAAGUGAAAUGGUUGCUGCAUUGGUAAAGUAUUACACAAUUAUAUUUUGCAAUUUAGAUUAAUUUAUUCUUUUUAGAAUGCCCCUGAAAUGAACAACCCUGCCAACCCUAACUUGAAUCCACUCUGUGGCAAAUACAUUACUGUCAAAGGCCCCAAAGGUUCUGUUCGUGUAAAGAUUGUUGAUACAUGUCCCCCUUGUGCCAAGGGUGAUGUUGAUUUAAGUGUCGCUGCUUUUGGCAAGAUUGGUGAAUAUGUCGAUGGUCGUAUUCCAAUUACAUGGCAAUGGUCUUAAUCUUCUUUCUCUUUAGCUAGUCUAAAAGAUUCUGUAUGUUUAUUUUGUAUUUAAUAAAUCAACUGUUCUACACCAUAGAAAAAAUAAA